UCAAGCACACAGUCGGAAACAGAUUGCAUUUGCACGUAACGCAGCCCAGCGUUGUUUAACCUGCAGCUGGAUGAAAUUGACUCGUUUGUGUUAAUUGGCGAACGGAGAAGACGACAUUUUCCCCGUGCGACCAAGUGGGAAUAUUUAUGACGUUUUCUUGACCAGUUGACUAAUUUUUCAUGUAAUUUGUAUCUUAAAAGACCUGCGACCGAUGGGGAGAGAGAAGGGCGGGAAAGAAAACGGUAAGACCAAGCAGAAAGUCACUAAACUGACGAAGACUGUUAGCGACAGCGAGGAUGCUCGUGCCGACAGUGACACGCUACAAAACAGUUGGAGUGCAAAGCCAACAAACUCUGCAGAGAAAUCUCGUAAUGGAAAAAUCCAGAAGGUUAAAGCACCAAAGACUGAGAAGCUGGAAUCACCUAACGAAUCCAGAGAGACGACAGACAAUGAUGACUUCACUACAAAGAAGAAAGGAGUGAAAAGAAAAAGAAUCAAAGAUGAGCCUGCUGAUGUUCCCACCAGUGACAUUAAAAAGCGCAACAAUAAAAAAAGGCAGCAUUCAAUGGAAGAAAGUGAUGGAGAGCCUGAGAAAAUGAAAGCUAAGAAGAAAACUAAAACGGGUGUGAAAAAAGAGGAAGGAGAGCAACCAGUCUCCAAAAAGUCCAAGAAGACAAAAGAGGAGAUUAAGGAAGCAAGAGAAUUAAAGAUAAAACAGAAGGAAGAGGAGGAGAAGCGGCGCUGGCGAUGGUGGGAAGAAGACAAGUAUGAACCUGGGGUAAAAUGGAGGUUUCUGGAACACAAAGGACCCUACUUCCCACCUGACUACCAGCCCCUACCAGAAAAUGUUCACUUCUAUUACAAAGGUCAGGCAGUGAAGCUGAGCCGUGCUGCUGAGGAAGUGGCUUUUUUCUUUGCCCAGAUGUUGGAGCAUGAAUACACAACUAAAACAAUUUUUCGAGAGAAUUUCUUCACUGAUUGGAGAAAGGAGAUGACGGACGAGGAGAGGUUUUUGAUUCAAGAUCUUGACAAAUGUGAUUUUUCAGAGAUUCAUGCAAUGCAUAAAGCCAACGUAGAGGAAAAGAAAAACAUGAGCAAGGAAGAAAAAUUGGUCUUAAAAGAGGCCAAAGACAAGAUAGUGGAGGAGUUUGGCUACUGUAUGCUAGACCACCACCAAGAACGUAUUGGAAACUUCAGGAUUGAGCCUCCAGGACUGUUCAGGGGUAGAGGCGAACAUCCCAAACAAGGCAGGCUAAAGAAAAGGAUCCAGCCUGAAGAUGUCAUAAUCAACUGCAGCAAAGAAUCCUCUAUCCCUGUGCCUCCUGCUGGUCAUCACUGGAAGGAAGUUCGACAUGACAAUUCUGUGACAUGGCUGGCCAGCUGGACGGAAAACAUCCAGGGGGGCAUUAAAUAUAUCAUGCUUAAUGCCAACUCAAAACUCAAAGGUGAAAAGGACUGGGAGAAAUAUGAGGUUGCUCGCAAACUUAAGUUGCAUGUGGAUAACAUCCGCACACAGUACCUUGCAGAUAUGAAGUCCAGAGAGAUGCGCACUCGACAGAGAGCUGUGGCCCUCUACUUCAUUGACAAGCUGGCACUGAGAGCUGGUAAUGAAAAGGAAGAGGGAGAGACGGCGGACACAGUGGGCUGCUGUUCGCUACGUGUUGAGCACAUCACACUGCACAAGCAGCUGGAUGGCAACGAUUGUGUAGUGGAAUUUGAUUUCCUGGGUAAAGAUUCCAUUCGCUACUAUAACAAGAUCCCUGUCAUCAAAAAGGUAUUUAAGAAUCUCGAGCUUUUCAUGGAAAAUAAAGACCCUGGUGAUGAGCUCUUUGACCGCUUAACUACCAUCUUGUUGAACAAGCAUCUGGGUUCUCUCAUGCCAGGUCUGACAGCGAAGGUUUUCAGGACUUACAAUGCCUCCAUUACGCUGCAGCAGCAACUCAAAGAACUCACAAAUGAUUCGAUGAUGCAAAAUGUUGCAGAGAAACUGCUGGCCUACAACAGAGCGAACCGAGCGGUUGCAGUUCUCUGUAACCAUCAGCGGGCGCCGCCAAAGUCCUUUGAGCAGAGUAUGGCAAACCUUCAGGCCAGGAUUGUUGCAAGAAAAGAGCAGUUGACUCUUGCCAAGAAGGAGCUGAAGCAAGCUAAGAAAGAUGCCAAGGAUAAAGGCAACUCAGACCCCAAGCUGCAGAUACUGGUGGAGAAGAAGGAAGCAGCUGUGAAACGUUGUGAGGAGGGUAUCCUGAAGCUGGAAGUCCAGGCCACUGACAGAGAGGAAAACAAGCAGAUUGCACUCGGUACCUCCAAGCUCAACUAUCUUGAUCCACGAAUCACUGUGGCUUGGUGUAAAAAAAUGGAGGUACCCAUUGAAAAAAUCUACAAUAAGACCCAGAGGGACAAGUUUGCCUGGGCUAUUGACAUGACCGAAAUGGACUUUGAGUUCUAACUUUUCACUUGGACAAUUGUGAUUGCUAUAGCGCAAUCAAUGGACCUGUGUAAUUACAUUAUGUAAACUGUUCAAAUUGUAACAUUCUUGUGCUUUUAUUUUACAAGCACUGUUUUGACAAGGUAUUCUUUUUCCAACUGGUUUG